UAUCACAUAAUAGUUGCUCAUCUAAAUGUUAAUCUCAGUAUGUGCUUCUAAAACACAUUAACGAUUUCUGUACAAUAAUAAAAUACCAUUCUUGACAUUACACACCAUUUCAAAUGUAAUGUUGCAGUAUCUGUGGCUCAUUACUAUUUAAAUAAUAAAACUUAUUUGAACCUUAAACACGAACCGACUGAAUAAUAAGAAGAGUACAUGUUGAUCAGAUGCUCCGCCUCAUACGCUAACUCCCGCCCCUCGCCUGCUUGAUUGACAGCUGUGAACUCGAGACAGCAGGGUGGCCAGUCACGCUCUCGCCAUGCAAAUGAGCCGCGCUCGGGCCGGGCGGGUGCCCAUGUGGACCAGCACCAUGCCUUGUUGUUCUGCGCGCUGAUUGGUCCGCUGGCGCCUGAUCGGUCUUCAUGUGCUGCGGGCCAGCAGCGGGAGCAAAAACACGGAGAACGGGUGAGAGCAACGGACCGUCCCUAUCCUCAAUCCCACCUGGAUUCCCAAAUACACCAUGAGCCAUUUUAUUCCAUGAGCUUCAAGGCAGAGCUUAUAAUAAUUGUAAUAUCAAUGGAAAUUAUAUUUUGUCACGUGGGGAGUAGCGGUUGCCAGCACGGCGGAACAGGGAGUAAUGCGGUCUCCGGGUUUACUCAGAGGCCGUAGUGAUAGGGCGGGGCAGGAACUCGGGAGGGGCGGGUCUUAACGAGAACACGACUCGCCUUGUUGUGUGUAUUCCCGUGCUCGCCACGCCAUCUUGUUGCAAUCCUAUUUUUUACGUAUGCGAGGAUCUACUUUACGUUAGGCUGGAUUAAAAAUUGUCCGAAACACAGGGUACUAGAACCUUCCGUGCUGCAGGUGUGGACCGUACACAUAGCGCUUCCUAGCGGUACUCACUAGCUACGCCUCGGUCUAUUCCCCCUGCUGUCCCGGGCCACCGGGUCGCCUGUCGUGAGGGUUAGGAUUACGCGCAAUGAGCCUCUAUAUACUUUUGGAGGCGGCCAGAUAUCUGGAAUGGCAAGCCCAGCAACAACAGAUUACACGUGAGGAAGAGCAGUGCAAAGAGAAGGAGCUCAUCAACAGGGAGACAGAGUCGAAGCGUGUGGAACUUGUGACCUCUCAGCCAGUCAGAGCUAACCAUGUCACUUGGAGCGAUGACACUCACCGUCAGCAGGUGCACCACCCUCCUGCCCCUCCUCCCUCUCUCCCACCGCCACAAGUCCCCAUUGCUGUCAUUCCAAUGGUUCCAGUUGUCACAGCGACAUCCUUGGUGCAGCCCCUUCCACUUACAACGCCAGUUGCUGCAGUGGCGACAUCGCUGAACUGCUCCCCACCAGCUAAGAAUGCUUCCUCCCCUCCACAGCAGCAGCACCAGCAGCACCAGCAGCCGCCAUCUCGCCACCUGUUGUGCGCCGCCCCCCAGGUGAAGGUAGAACCUAGUGAGCAGGUGGUGGGGGCAAAACCCAGCCAAUCACAGCCUCAGGUUCAGAUUCAGUACCCAACCUCCAUCAGCACUAAUGGCCCCAGCUCUCAGCACGCACUGGUUCCACAUCAAGCUCCGCCCACAUCUCAGCCGCACCCGAACGGAGUGAAGCUGGAGGACAUGAGGGGGAUGGAAGGGAAGAGGAGACCAGGAGGAGCGGGGACCAGAGAGGUGCAUAAUAAACUGGAGAAGAACAGGCGAGCGCACCUCAAAGAAUGUUUCGAGACUCUGAAAAAGAACGUUCCUAAUGUUGAUGAGAAGAAAACGUCCAACCUCAGCGUUCUCCGCAGCGCUUUGCGAUACAUACAGACUCUGAAGAGGAAGGAGAAGGAGUAUGAGCAUGAGAUGGAGCGUUUAGCCCGAGAGAAGAUCACUACGCAGCAGCGGCUGGCUGAGCUGAAGAACGAGCUCAGUCAGUGCAUGGAUGUCAUGGAGAUCGACAGAGUCCUCCGACAGACCAUUCAGCCAGAGGACGACCAAGCCUCCACGUCCACCGCUUCAGAAGGAGAAGACAACUUUGAGCAGGACAUGGAUGAAGAUGCCUCCACUCCUCCUGCUCCCACGUCCCUCCCCAAACCAAUGCCUCCCAUCUUACAAGCUCAGCCACUCCUUACCUCUCAUCUGUCAAUCCAGCACACCACCUUGCCUCUCUCUGGAGUCCUAACUACGCCCUCUGUCUCUGCUCCCCCUCCCCCUCAGGCCAUCGCCCCAGCUCCAGCCCCUGCUCAGCCCCCUCCGCCUCCGGCUCAUUCCAUGCAGCCCCCGGCUGUACAGGUCCAGCCAACUGUCAUCGCUCAUGCUGCAGUCUCACACCCUUCAGUCAUCCAGACUGUUAAUCACACCCUCCCUGCAAUCACGCACAUCGCCCCUUCCCCUGGCCCUACUUCCUCUACUCCUCAGCCGAUCACGGCGACUCCAGUUGCAGCAGCCACUCACCAGCCAAUAACCGGCCAGCCCAUCGGACACAUCACCGUCCACCCGGUGGCCCACCUGGGAGGCCCUCUGUCAUCCCAUCUCCCGACUAUUUACCCCCAGGGCGUGUCAGUGUCCCAGCCCACCGUGGUGGGCCACAUCACUCACACCUUCACCCAUCACACCCUGCCGCAUGUCCAGGGUGCUCCCCAGGCUAACACUGGAGCCCAGGUGAACAGCGCAGCCAUGGUAAGCCAGGGCAGCCCGUCGCUAGGGAAACCCACAGCAGUGCUGGCCCCCCACCCCCAGCUGGUUGGACAGGCUGCCGUCCUCAACCCUGUCACCAUGGUGACAGUCCCAACCUUCCCUGUCAGCACACUCAAACUGGCCUGAAACAUGCAGGAGGAGAGAAGGAUUCAGAACUUCUGAAUGAAUUUUCUCCCUCCUAUCAAUAAUCAAAAGACACAUGAAUAUUUAGAGAUAAAACACAUCAACUGUUUUUGGACACCUCAUGAUGAAUAUCUUCAGAGAUAUUUUGGUCACAGCUCUGUUAGGUUGUGAACAAUAACAUUAGAGCAGAUUCAGUGGGUCAAGCCAUUGUCUGUGAAAACAAGACUGUGACAUUUGUCUCCGCUGCAACGACAGGAACUCAGUUUUAUCUUCCUUUCUUGCCUUCUUCUCUCCUUCCUUCCCUUCUUUCUUCCUGUUUGCUCUCCUUGCUGUACAACCAGAAGCACUAACACAUUAAGCUCAGCUCGCACUCAGGCAUCAAGAAAUGAAUGGAAGUGUUCAUUCACUGAAGGAAAACACGAGGGAGAGAGAGAGUCGUUUGUCAUUAGGCUGUCGCUGUGCUGAUGCAGUUUGUACCUGUUUUGUCUUCACAUAGUCAUGACGUCAUGUUGGACAUUGUGGUGGGAUAAUGUCACUGAUGUGUUUGUGAGCAGGAGGAGGGAGGGAGUCUGGAUAGAUUACACACAGGGCUCUGAUCAGCUGUGAAGUCAGUGACGUUAUGCAGACAGGUAAAUAGAGCUACAGCAUUGUCAUUUGUUUGCUCAUUUAUAUAGCUUAAAUGACAUUCAUAAUGUCCUUCAAAAUACAGAGCAGCUCCAGAAAUGAGGGGAAGGAUUAGGACAGGGAUUGCUCGGUUUGCUUAACAUACAUCAGCAUCUAUUAUUGUUUGCUUUGUGGAGACGUUGUGUCAAGAAGCAACAUAAACUUUGCCUUUUAGUUACUGCACCACCAUCAAACUACUGAUUUAAAAGUAGAGCAACAAGUAUGAGCUCAGCAGUCCGAGAGUCCUGAAACAGCCUGGAAUCAAAGCAGGAAACCAAGUUAGGAUUCGGAUUUGGUAAAAUGGGAUUUUCCAUAUUGUUACAGUUUGAAAACGGUUGAAUAAAGGUUUGAAAAAGUAAUUCAUGUAGCCAGUUAAAUGUAUAAGGACAGAAGAACGCUACUUUUUAGGCAGUAAAAAACUCGGUCAGAAUUACACCUCAACAUCUUCUAAGGGCUUUUUGAAACAGCAGCUAUAAGGAGAAAGGCUCCGGGACCCAUCUGUUACUGUCAGAUUGAUGUGAUUCUCACUGUGAACUGACCUGGCAUGAUGACUUUACUGUGAGAGAUCACAGUCGCCGCAGAAUUGUCGUGAAUUCGCCACCAACACGUUUAUGAAUUGGUGACAUUUGGCCUAUUAUAGAUUUUUUUGGAUGCUGAAUAAGAACCUGCAAGAAAAGUCUUUUUGCAGAUGCCUCAAGUUUGUGUGGUAAAUUUAAUUUCAGAGAUCACCCAGGAAAGGAAGCUGACAGUUCUGCUCUCAAAACAUUCAGUGACAGGUUUUCUCAUGGGCAAUACUGGUUUUCCUCCUCGUCAGCCUGAUGCAACAGCUCCCUCUGCUGCCGCAUCUCGUACCUCAUACUGAUGCUACUCGCAAAACGACCAAGGGGCUCAAUACAAACUUCUUGCACAAAGUCUAGAGAAAUAAUGAGAGUGUACAAGUUCACUGUCACCCUUGAAAACUGUUGCUUAACAAAAACCGUUUAAGCUGAGUGAAGUGAUGUACUGUUAUAUUUCAUACAGUAUAGAAUGUUGGUCAUGUUAUAAACUCCAGCACCUGAGAAGGUUGAAAUAGCUCCAGAAGAGCUAGUUAGUUAACCUUAAGUGACUUUUUUUUUCUUUAUGGAAAAAACCUAGUGGAGAUAAGUUGUUCUCAUUUGGAAUAGUUUGGAUAUAGCACAGAAAAUAUUUUUAAAAAAGACUGGGGAAAGGAUUGUACCAGCAUAAGAUCAGUUUGCUCUAGUCCACAAAUGAGUUUUCUUAAUUUUUAAAAGUGGGAAAAUGGGUUGUGGCGCCCACUUUUCCUCGUCUUUUGUGUGUUCAUGUGCGCAGGCUCCGUGGCCUAUACAUGUCACACCAUUAAAUCUCCCGUCAGUGUAUGUCGUCAGUGUUAUGUGGAUCUGCUCCCUGCUUCUUCUGCUGUUUCUCUGUGUUGUCUGUGUAUGUGACUGUAUGUUUUAUAUUCUGUGCUAUAGUUAAUCCUACUGUUCCUGUAGCAUGGCUGUUUUUGGUUAUACAGUUUUCUCUGUGCAUGAUGUAGUUUGUAUGUGUAGCAGGCAAGCCUUUUUUUUUUUUUUUUUUUUUUUUUAAUUAGGGGGG